AACUCACUGCAACCUCUACCUCUUGGGCUCAAGUGAUUCUUUCACUUGAGCCUCCCGAGUAGCUGGGACCACAGGUGUUCAUCACCAUGCUAAUUUUGGGGGAUGUUGUUGUUGUUGUUGUUUGGUGAAGACUGGGUUUCACAUGUUGCCCAGGCUGAUCUCAAACUCCUGAACUCAAGUGAUCCCCCCUCCUUGGCCUCCCCAAGUCCUGGGAUUACAGGCCUGAGCCACUGUGCUGGGCCAUGUGUGUCUGUGUGUGCUUGUGUGUGUGUGUAAGAGGGUGUUGUUCUGUCUACCAGGUUAGACUGCAUUGGCCACCACUGCCACCACACCCAGCUAAUUUUUUUAAAAUUUGGAAAGAUAGGGUCUCACUAUAUUGCCCAGGCUUAUAUGCAAAUCUUUAUGCAGCUUCAUGCCUGCACUUUUUUUUCCCCAUUGGUCCUUUGGAAAUUGUUCCAGUUUUUUUUCCCUGUAUCUUUAAACAACAAAACAAAGCACUCUUUUAAUUUACUAUAAACACAUAACAUUCAGGAAUUGUUUUAAAUUUAUUUUCUCGCCUUACGGAUGACAUUUGGCCAGAGGUAUGCAGAGUUGCCAGAGCUUGAUAAUGAGCAUAAUUCAUCUUGGAAACUUUUCUGUUUUGCUGUUUAAUCCAGUACAGAUACAGGUGUUUUCUUUCUGUGACUUUUUGUGAGCAGUUGUAUCUGUAAAUCACCUCCUAUGGAGACUGGUGUUCCUGUGACUGAGAGCCAGCUGUUGGGUGUUUUAGCUAAACAGCUUGCUCCUGGUUAGCUGCUUAAAUCCCCCUGAGAGGCGUAUUGGCUGCUUCAGGGAAUACAGCAGACGGGGUGAAGGUUUUUGCAAGACCUUUAGUGACCCACUUUCAAUUUGCUGCAAUUCUUCUGCUUUGGCUUUUUCCUAUAGGUGCCAGAGUUCAUCUGCUUCAUGCUUUUACUACUGACUCAUCUUCCUGUUGUAUAUUCUUGGACUGGUGACUUAAGAAUCUUUAGGUCACCUGUUACAUAGUUUCUCCUGCCACCUGUAUGGGAGGAGAAAACUGGUAUUCAAACUGAAGCCUGUUUCCAUCUUAUUCUCAUUGAUUUUUAUGGUACAUAGAAAACUUUGUUUCUUUCUGAAAAUAGCAUUUUAGUGAUUCAUUGUUUUCUGUGGCAGGAAGCUUAUGACCUGCUCUUUUCUUUUUCCUUUCCAGAGGCAAUCUGGAAAAAUUGCAAUCAAAACAUCAUUUCUCUAAGAAAAUUUUGGGUAACAGAAGCUCUGGACAACAGGGCAUACCAAUUCAAUCACCAUGAGUUGGAGCUUCCUGACUCGCCUGCUAGAGGAGAUUCACAACCAUUCCACAUUUGUGGGGAAGAUCUGGCUCACUGUUCUGAUUGUCUUCCGGAUUGUCCUUACAGCUGUAGGAGGAGAAUCCAUCUAUUAUGAUGAGCAAAGCAAAUUUGUGUGCAACACAGAACAGCCGGGCUGCGAGAAUGUCUGCUAUGAUGCGUUUGCACCCCUCUCCCAUGUACGCUUCUGGGUGUUCCAGAUCAUCCUGGUGGCAACUCCCUCUGUGAUGUACCUGGGUUAUGCUAUCCACAAGAUUGCCAAAAUGGAGCACGGUGAAGCAGACAAGAAGGCGGCUCGGAGCAAGCCCUAUGCAAUGCGCUGGAAACAACACCGGGCUCUGGAAGAAACAGAGGAGGAUAACGAAGAGGAUCCUAUGAUGUAUCCAGAGAUGGAGUUAGAAAGUGAUAAAGAAAAUAAAGAGCAGAGCCAACCCAAACCUAAGCAUGAUGGCCGACGACGGAUUCGGGAAGAUGGGCUCAUGAAAAUCUAUGUGCUGCAGUUGCUGGCAAGGACCGUGUUUGAGGUGGGUUUUCUGAUAGGGCAGUAUUUUCUAUAUGGCUUCCAAGUCCACCCGUUUUAUGUGUGCAGCAGACUUCCUUGCCCUCAUAAGAUAGACUGCUUUAUUUCUAGACCCACUGAAAAGACCAUCUUCCUUCUGAUAAUGUAUGGUGUUACAGGCCUUUGCCUCUUGCUUAACAUUUGGGAGAUGCUUCAUUUAGGGUUUGGGACCAUUCGAGACUCACUAAACAGUAAAAGGAGGGAACUUGAGGAUCCGGGUGCUUAUAAUUAUCCUUUCACUUGGAAUACACCAUCUGCUCCCCCUGGCUAUAACAUUGCUGUCAAACCAGAUCAAAUCCAGUACACCGAACUAUCCAAUGCUAAGAUCGCCUACAAGCAAAACAAGGCCAACACAGCCCAGGAACAGCAGUAUGGCAGCCAUGAAGAGAACCUCCCAGCUGACCUGGAGGCUCUGCAGCGGGAGAUCAGGAUGGCUCAGGAACGCUUGGAUCUGGCAAUUCAGGCCUACAGUCACCAAAACAACCCUCAUGGCCCCCGGGAGAAGAAGGCCAAAGUGGGGUCCAAAGCUGGGUCCAACAAAAGCACUGCCAGUAGCAAAUCAGGGGAUGGGAAGACCUCCGUCUGGAUUUAAUCCUGGCGGGCUUAAAACCUGUGCUUUUCAUAGUUUAUGGUAAGCAGCAGCUCACUGAAUAAUGACUUCCAUUGAGUAAACAUUUGGCUCUGGUUAUCUUCAGGGAUGCUGUUGGCUCAUGAUCCAAGCUCAGGGGACUCUGGAGGCGGGGCUGGGCUGAGGGGGAGAAACGGAAACACAGUGUUCCUGGGCACAUGUUCUUAGCAAUAAUACAGUUGCAGAACUUUACAUUUGUGUCUUCCAGAUCUGGAGAAGAACAGGCAUAUUUAAAUCAUUCUUGUUGAACAGUUUUUGUAUGUACAGUAUUAUGGUACUUUUUUUUUAGUAUGAGAACUUUUUUUGUAUUUGUACAUUGAACUGCUGUAGUUAUACUUUUAUAUUAAAGGGGGAAAAGUCCUUAUAAGUAAUGCCUAUUAGGCUAGUGCUAUUACUUUGUUCAGCAAAUUCUACCCUGGCUUUAGAGUUUUUAAUAGAUGCUACACCUAAUAAAAGUGCCUCUCAUAUUGCAGGAAUGAUUUCAGAUGUGUAAGGAGACUGAAGAGGAGAUACCAGUUUUUAGUCUUGGAAAGCGAGUUCACAGUAUAAGGAGGUUGAGAUCUUUCUUUUACAUGAGAAAUCUUUGAAUCUCAUUCAUGCAAUCAGAGUUGUAGCCAGUUUUUGAAAACCUUAUUUUCAAAGGAAAUAAAUGAUUCACUGUAGGAUUCAUUUAAAUAUCAAGCAUCACCAGUAUAUGCUUUGACGGUGUGUGUAUAUAACUUAAAGUUCUUUCAAAAGCCUGAUACAGAAAUGUGUCCCCAGUUUGGUAGCAAUGUGGAAAACCUGGCUUGAGAUGAUGUGGAGCUGUCCCUCAGAAAACAAAGCCAUGCCUGGAAUCCCUAAUAGGAUGCUUAGUUGUGAACCUGUUUGAUUUGCCUUAAACCUCUAUCCAGAAACCUGCCCGCUUCUCUCCCUCUGGUUAAGAAGCCAGUGGUGGAUAUUUUCUUUGUUAACAUUAGAAAUGCAAACAUUCCUUUGUCAACCAAGAAUACUCAAAGCUACUUGUAUUGGAAAUGGCAGAAGGCUUAAAUCCAAAUUUCUUAUUUUUUAUAAUUUACCACAGAACUUUUGUGAUUAAACAUAUUCUGCCAGUGGAGGUUUAUACCUGAAAGGUCAUGGAGUCCUCUGUAAAUAGACCUAAAGAGAAAUGCAGUAUUUAUUCCUUGUAGGCAUAAUGUGUUUGUCACUGACAAGCAUUCAUGUUCAUCCCACUAGUCUUUUAUCGCAGUCUUUUAUCGUCAUUUUCAACCUUAUGUUGCAGAGCUUUGCUUUCUCAUCAUGUUCUCAUUGUCUUAAAUUUUGUGAGCUUCUGAGAAAGAGCUUGGUAAAGGUUUAAAGGGGCCUUCGUUCCACCAGGGAGCAUUUUAUUUGUGCGUCUCACCCUUUUCUAACGAAAGCUAUUGUAAGCCACCUCUGACUUGGAAAUUCUGAAAGUAUGAAUAUUUUUUAUAUCUUAAUUGUAAAAUGCCAGUUCUCCAUUAUUUAGAUGAACACUAGAACACUGCACCCUUUGUGCAGUGUUUUUCUUUGUUUCUCCAUUGCAUUCCUACCCCCACCAAGAAAAUAAACUUAAGGAAAUUUUUUUUGAGACAGGGUCUCCCUCUUUCACCCAGGCUGGAGUGCAGCAGCAUGAUCUCAGCUCACUGCAGCCUCUGCCUCCCAGGCUCAAGCGAUCAUUCUACCUCAGCCCCCUGAUUAGCUGGGACUACAGGCACGUGCCACCAUACUCGGCUAAUUCUUUUUAAAAAAAUUUUUUUUGUAGAGAUGAGGUCUCACUAUGUUGCCCAGGCUGGUCCUGAACUUUUGGGUUCAAGUGAUCCUCCCGCCUCAGCCUCUCAAAGUGUUAGUAUUAUAGGCAUGAGCCACCAUACCCAGCCUAGAAAAUUUAGCCUUAUCUUUUAGCCAUUCAUUUACUUUUAUUUGCUUUUAAAAAAAAAACAAAAAACUUUAAAUUUUAGCCCAGAGAAGCACCUCAGGAACUCUAAA